CAGAGACCUCGGCGUGAAAACCGAAUCGUCGGGAAGGUUGCCCGAGCAGUGGUUCCGCGGACCGCCUGCGAUCCCAGGCUCCGUGAUCACAACACUCAUAAUCGUGUCCAGAUGCACACUGCGGUUGAAGUGGUUGACAGACCGAGGCAGAUCCAUACGUAUAUACCUCGAGGAGAGGACGCGAUUGAACCAGCAGAGAAGCCAGAAAAAAACCAUCGAAAACCCAUCAAUAUCUUCGUCACAGAUUGAGGAUGCCGCAACCACGUCAUGCAUCGGUGCUCCCGCCCGUGUAUCGCACACUGUUCUUAUUUCUCGAGCCAUCUAUAAUCCUCGUCGCGAUGCUAUCAAUCAUCCUCUCUCCCGCAGACCACUAUCAAUCCCUGGCACCGCGACACAGUCAAAGCUGGUUCUUCACGCCCGUGCAGCAGCUCGGUGUAUGCGAUCCGGCAGCCGUCCGGAACACUCCACAGGUCCGAUCGCUGCUUUACCAAUACAUGUCCGCUUUCACCUUCAGCGCCAUCGUCGAGCCGCUGACCCUAUACGUCGCCAUCCAUCAUUUGGAGACCACACGGGACGCAUACCUGGUCGUGAGGGCGAUCUUGAUCUCAUUCUCCGCGUUCGACGUCUUACAUGCACUGGCGACGGUGAGUGUGACGGGCUUGGCGACGGUCCUCCCCGGUCUGGAGGAUUCUAAACAUCUGGAUCUCUAUGCGUCAAUCAAUUUCUGGGUCCCGCUUGCAUGGCUACUUGUUCGAAGUCUCUGGUUUGCGGGAGUUGGACGGACGUCUGUCAAAGUCAAAAGUGGCUAGGACUGGAGACGCCCAUGUGCUUGAUAUGCUGUGCGGGAUGCGAUUGUGGUCAAGGAUACGGGAAGGCCCAAGAUCAUCGUACUGCUGAUGAUCCAGACUCGGCGUGGCAUGUCAAGGGCAGAGUAUAAAAUUAAAAGUCGGCACGGUUUUAAUUGCGACUGUCGUUCUAUUUCUCCCCUUUGGGCAGGUGCAAGAUGUGCUCAAUCCGGAACAAGUACAGACUGUACCUGUGACCCACCGUGUUCACGAGUCCUGACCUUUCGAGGCUGGAGUCGGAUCAUGGCUGCGAUGAAUCCGGAGUCUUCUGUACAACUUGCCGCCUAUAUGUCAUGUGAAAAUGAAUCGGGCGUCAAGUUUGUCAUCUCGAGACAGACAAUACCUGAUCUUCCAU